CACAUAUGUCUCCAUCCCUGGGUUCAGGCGUGGCUUUCAGAUGGGUGUGGUGCCUUGUUUCGGGGAAGUUUUUCCCCUGCAGCCAGUCGACUGGUGAAUAGACGUCAUGUUGAAUGAGUCGAAUCCGAAGAACUGCAAGAAUUCCGAAUUGCAUAUACAGAUGGUGAAGGUGGUGUUUUCUUUUUAUCUGCCAUAGCUUGAAGGACUUUGUGGCAGGACAGCUCUCGUGGAGCGGGUAGACUUAUCAAGCACCAUGGGCCUCCUGCAGCUGCUGAAAUCCCAGUUCUUGUGUCACCUGAUCAUCUGCUACGUGUUCCUGGUCAGCGGCCUCAUCAUUAACCUGCUGCAGCUCUGCACUUUACCUCUGUGGCUGGUCAGUAAGCAGCUGGCCCGCAGGAUCAACAUCAGACUGGCCUACUGCAUCAAUAGCCAGAUGGUAGCUGCCCUCGAGUGGUGGUCUGGGACAGAAUGCACGCUCUACACAGACCCAAAGAGUUAUCCCCUGUAUGGAAAUGAAAAUGCAAUCGUUGUUCUCAAUCACAGUUUUGAGAUAGACUUCCUGUGUGGCUGGACCUUCUGUGAGAGAUUUGGAGUCCUGGGGAGUUCAAAAGUGUUAGCCAAGAAAGAGCUGGCUUACGUACCAAUCAUUGGUUGGAUGUGGUACUUCCUGGAGAUAGUUUUCUGCAAGAGGAAAUGGGAGGAGGACCGAAGAACGGUGGCAGAGAGUCUUCAGAACCUGCGGGAUUAUCCCGAAAACUACUGGUUCUUGCUUUAUUGUGAGGGAACGCGCUUCACACCAAAGAAGCACCAGAUCAGCAUGCAGGUGGCUGAAAGUAAAGGUCUGCCCAAACUCAAGUAUCAUCUUCUGCCAAGGACCAAAGGAUUCUGGGUAACUGUUCAAAACCUCAGAGGAACUGCUGCUGCUGUUUACGAUUCCACACUGAACUUCAGGAAUAAUGAAACGCCAACCUUGCUUGGAAUUCUUAAUGGGAGGAAGUAUCACGCAGAUUUAUAUGUGAGGAGAAUCCCUCUAGAGCAAAUCCCAGAGGAUGAGGCAGAGUGCGCUGCUUGGCUCCACAAACUCUACCAGGAAAAGGAUAGCUUCCAGGAGCACUACACAGAGACAGGGCGUUACCCUGGCCCCAUAGUGAGCCCUCCACGUCGACCCUGGUCCUUGAUCAACUGGCUGUUCUGGUCUUGUUUGCUCCUCUACCCUCUGGGCCUGCUACUCGCUCAACUCAUCAGCUCUGGAUCAAUGCUGACUAUCUUAGCUUCUGUGGCUCUCUGCUCUGCAGCUUCACUGGGAGUUCGCUGGAUGAUUGGCCAGACUGAGAUUGACAGAGGCUCAAACUAUGGGAAUAAGGAAGUUAGUCAAAACAGCAACUAAGGAAUCCUGAUUUACUCAGAGCUGCUUCACUGCACAAUUUCAGUGUGUAAACACCAGUCUGACAGGACCGUGCUAGUCUGACAAGCGCAAACCUGCUUCAAAGCACAACGCAGACAGGGUAGUCAUGUCUUAACGCUAUGCUGCAGAAGCUCAAGAUGUAAGUGGAGUGUGCUGAGCAGCUUCCUUUGGGAAACUAGAAGGUAAAUAUUGAAUACAGAACUGAAAUUAAAUCAACCAAGUGAAAAGUGGACAACAUCUUUGAUUGUAAUGAAAUGGCAUUCUCAUGGUGGAAUAAAAUAUAAAUUUCACUUUUUCAAAAAAAAAAAAAAAACAUGUUGCUUUAUUAAUACUGUUUGUACAUAGUAUAAUAUAAUAUCAUAAGAGCAGCAGAGGACCAGAAGUUGUGUUGUAUGUCAGUGUCUAUGUUUGGAUGUUUUGUGUUCAGCAGUGGGGAGGGAGAACAGGCCCUGUUUCUCAUCUUAAUUGGCCACACAAGUCACAAGACCAGUUGUUCACCAGCAACAAGAUUUGCUUAAAAGGCCCCUGAAUGCUUCAACUUGACAUUUACUCCUCAGGGGGCAAGUGAUAAAUUAUGUAUCAUGAGUAUUAGAAUAUUUAGACAUAAGGGAUUCUUUAAAUUUGAUGCUUAAGUAGCAGCUCACCUUGACUUCAUUGUACAAUGAUGUAGUACUUAAACUCAUCCUGCACUGUUACAUAGUAAAAUACUCCAUGUGGGAGCCACAGCUUAUCUACAAUUCACCUCUUGCUGACAGUAAAAACAGAGGAACAGUAAUUUAUGAAAGCACUAUUUAGGUCUCCUCCCUCCAUCAUUGUCACUCCAUACCUUUCCAGUUGCCAUCUCAGUGAGGACACAGCUCUAACUCCAGAUAUCUGCUGCUUGUCCAUGACCUUCACUGUUUGCUGUGAUACAUAUACAUACAUAAAAGUGUUAAAAUUUCACUUAGUCAACACCAGGACCAGGCCAGGCCUAGUCAAGCAUAGCCUAAUUAAUCAUGGAUUGGAAAAAGGAAAUGAAACUAUAGUGACCCCUGGUGGUGGCAUGUAAACCUUACACAGAACAAUUUCUUAUUCCCACUAGGCUGUUCACCUCCCCUGGUUUAGUAUGGAUGUUAUUCUCCUGGUACCUUUACAAUCCAUUUUUCAUUUUACUGGACAAAAUCUGUGGAUCUGUGGAAAUCUCUGGAAUUGGAUUAUCAGCUAUGUAACCAACCAACAACCUGGAGAAGUGGAUUGCACUCACUUUGUCAGGCCUCUACCCUAUGGCCUGUCCAGCCUGGGUGUCCCACCUGAAGACUAAGCUUCUGAUGGAAUAAUUCCUAGGGUCACUGAGGUAUGCAAACCCCCUGACCAUGAUAAGGUGGCCAUCCCUCAGGGGGAAAACUAAAAAAUAAAGAUGAAAAACAAAAUAACAAAAAAGAUCCCUCAUCCAGAUACAAUUAACAACUAACACCCUAACAGUUUCUCAAUUGGAUGAACCCAAUUCUCAAAAUUUGAAUUUAGACAACAACAAUUUAACAAGACUGUAGCCAAAAUUUACAAAACUGGAAGUUAGUCUUAUAAAAGAACCAUUUUAGCAAGCCUUUUCUCAAAGUUUUUAAAGUAAUGUUUAACACUUCUGUGCUUCUGUGGCUGAGAGAAGAUCUAUUCCAACAGACACUGGGAGAAGAACAGAACUGCCAGUAGGCUGUUCCCUAGUUGGAUGAAUAAAUAUAGAUAGAUAUAUACUAUAUUUACCUUUGUUUUUUGUUUUUUUUGUUUUUUUUUUUGUUUUUUUGUUGCUAGUUGUUGUUACAGGUUAAAUUUGUAAAGAAAUUUGUACACAACAUUGUCUGAAAAUGACCAUAAUUCAAGAGUUAUAUGUUUUACAAGACAUAAAGGCAAAGGUGUUUGUUUUCAGCAAAGCUCUUAAAAACCCAUUAUCAGGGGCAAUGAAGUUGCUGUAACUAACUACAGUAUACAUAUAUGUUACAGGAGCAUGCUCAUUAGCUGGUUAUUCAAAUUACAUGUGGCUCAUGUCGAGUUUGUCAGAAAACAGUCACAAAUAAAUGAGUUUCACCGUCA